AUGGUGCAGCGCGUGGCAGUGAUCGGAGCAGGUAGUUCAGGUCUUGCCUGUAUCAAGAGCUGUGUAGAGGAGGGCUUAGACCCUGUAUGCUUCGAAAGCAGUGAUGACAUUGGUGGCAUCUGGAAAUUCAGGGAGUCAUCUGAUUCAGAGAGAAACCGCAUCUAUCGUUCUUUGGUGGUCAACACCUCCAAAGAGAUGAUGUGUUUCAGUGAUUUUCCAAUGCCUGCCGACUAUCCAAACUACAUGCACAACUCACAGCUGCUCCAGUACUUCAGACUCUAUGCAGAGCACUUUGACCUGCUCAGAUACAUCAAGUUUCAGACCUCAGUGAAGACUAUAACACCAAGAGAAGACUUCCCUGUGACCGGUCAGUGGGAUGUAGUGACUGUAACCCAGGGUGGAGAAGAAGAACAGCACAUCUUUGAUGCCAUUCUGGUGUGUUCAGGUCAUUACAACCAGCCAAUCUUCCCCUUGUCGCACCUAAAAGGACAUGACAUCUUUUCAGGCAGGUGUUUUCACAGCAGGGACUAUAGCGAUGGAGAUGCCUUCAGAGGGAAGAGAGUGGUGGUGGUCGGCGUCGGGAAUUCAGGAGGAGAUAUUACUGUAGAGAUUAGCAGAGCUGCAAACAAGACGUUUCUCAGCACACGUGAGGGGGCCUGGGUGGUUGGCAGGAUGUCCACCAAUGGUCUCCCGAUGGACAUGACAGCUCUCACCAGGUUCAACAGCUUCCUUGCAUGGCUGACCCCUAAAUCCCUGGCUAACUGGGCAGCAGAGAGAGCACUGAACUAUAAGUACGACCACCAACUGUACGGCCUGAAACCUAAACACAGAGCAAAGAAUAUCAGUGUUUAA